CCUUCCUCUUUUUCCCGUCUCAGUCUCACCCGUUUCUCGCUUCCAUCCUCUCACCCUCCGCACUCUUUGCGGCACCCUCCCCAUCUCCUCCCCCCCUCCUCCCCCCUCCCACACCCCCCCACCCCCCUGUGCACGGCAUGGCAUGUGAAUACUGCUCCUUGAUUGAAAUCUCCUUCCCUCAUCCUCUCACCUCCUUCCCUCUAGCCACCUUCCUUUUCUCCGGCCUCCCAGAUUUAAUCAAGGAAGCAAGGAGGCAAUGGGGUAUGGUGGUGCGGGCAGAGAGGGAGAAGGAAAGGGAGGAGAGGGAGAAGGAGGGGGAGAAGGGGAGGGAAAAGGGGAGGGACGAGAGUGAGAAGCAGCAGUUGGUGCCACGGGAUGGGCCAAGGGGCGAGAAGCGGGAGAGGCAGGAUGGUGGGGGGGCAGCGCAUGAUGAGGCAGGUGAGGGCACGCGAGGUGGCGCCUCCACCUGCAGCAACGUCGCUGCUGCUCGGGAGAAUGGAGGCGCCUUGCCCAUGGGGAUGCCCGUGGGAACAGGGAUGGCGGCCACAGCAGGCAGAGCCGUGGAGCAGGCAGUAGCAGCAGCAGCACAUGCAGCAGGAGUAGCGGAGGGGGCAGUGGAGGGAGAGGCGAGGAGGGCAGGGAGGAGACCGCGGGUGGCGUUCAGAUGCGCCAACGCGGUGGAGGAGGCACUCCCUGCUGACAGCGCUGACACCGUGCUGUGUCUGAGUGUAACAAAGUGGGUGCACCUCAACUGGGGGGAUGCCGGCCUCAUUGCCUUCUUUGCCAACCUCUUCCACACGCUGCGCCCUGGAGGGGUGCUCAUUCUCGAGCCACAGCCGUGGAGCUCCUACAAGAAGAAACAAGGGCUCACCCAGGAGAGCAAGGAGCACUACAGCCGCAUCAAGAUCUUCCCCGCCCAUUUUCGAGAGCUGCUCCUCGACAAGAUUGGCUUCCAGCGCGUGGAGGAGCUCACUACUGCAGUCUCAACCAGCCGUGGCUUUGACAGGCCCCUCUUUGCGUACUACAAGUAG